AUGGUGAUGUCCCAGGGCACGGCCACCUUCGUGGCUUGUUUCAGCGGCUUCUGGUUGGUGUGGGCGCUGGUGGUCACGUUGUGCUGUUUCUGCAACGUCCUGCAGCGUCGCCUCAAGCGCCGCGGCGAGGCUCGCCCGAGGGAGAGCAGUCUCCGGACGGCGGAGACGCCGGGGUGUCCCGCCGUAUCGGCCUUGGCCGAAGCGCCGGGGGAAUCGCAGGCCUUCUCGCUGCGGCCGGUUCCCCUUCGUGCUCAUCGACCGUUGCCGGAAGGCCGGCAGGUUACUUUGGCGGGUGUUCCCGACCCAGAGGAAAGCGGGAACCCGCCCUGUUACGAGGAGGCGGUGCUGAUGGAGGACCCGCCGCCGCCGUACGCCCUCGUUUCGAAGGAACCGCCCGGGGGCGUCGGCUUCUUUAAAGACACCCCGCUUCCAGAAGCUAGCCCGGAGUCGCGCAAGCCACCGUUUACGUUCCCCGAGCGGGGCUAUUCCUCCCUCGUCCGUUGGCUUCCGUCGCAGCCCCGGGACCCGAGCGGUCGCUUCGGCUCGGGCGGGGACCCGAAGCCGGACGACCGGCGCCCGCCGGGCGGCUUUACGGCGACCCUCCCCCGCCGAGACGCCGGACGGGGACUCGGACCGGGGUUCUCCGGGAGAGUCGGAGGACCGGAGUGCGCUCGCGGGCUUCCGGCCGCUUUCGCCCUGUUGGGUCGGAGUACCGCCGUCUAA